GAAAAAGACAACGUUGUCAUCACUGCUGGUUAUUCUACUCAUUCAGAGAUUCUGAGAGUAUAAGAACACAGGCAUGAGUCACAAAGACUACUAUUACCGUGACGCAAGUCCGGUGAAAUCUCCACUUUCUCUUGACACUUCUUUACGUCAUUCCGAAACACCCGGAUCCUUGUGGGUCGGUAAUUUAAACCCUAACGUGACCAAAGCUAUGCUUUUCGAUCACUUUUCGGAAGCCGGUCCAGUGACCGAUGUUGUCGUCAAACGAAGGUCCUCGGGCUGUUUUGCAUUUGUGAAUUUUCGUAUCCUGGCCGAUGCACAAAAUGCUGCAACACGUUAUAAUGGCAGCGUCCUUAUGGCACAGAAAAUCAAAGUCAAUCUCCAAGAGAAAAAAGAGGCUUCGCAUCCGACGUCUCCGUCAACGUCUCUACCGGAAACGACCUCAUCACAGCCGGCAGCUAUUUGGGUAGGAUCUCUUGGUAGUGAAACAAACGAAGAAGACCUUUGGCAAGCCUUUCGGUCUUACAGAAAUCUAGUCAAAUCAAUUAUAGUCAAGCGCAAUGAACAUGGAAAGUCUAAGAGGUUUGCUUUUGUCAACUUUGAUACGGAGCAGAAUGCAAAAUUGGCAUUGAAGGGAUUGGAAGGAGUGCAGAUUGGAGGCAAUAGGGUCAAACUAAGUUUGAAGUCUGGGUCGGAGUUUGCUGGAGUCCCAAACAUUCAGGCAACUUCUCCCUGUGAAACGGUCUCAUCACAGUCAUCAGCUCUUUGGAUCGGAUCUCUUAGUAGCGAAACGGACGAGGACAGUUUGUUGCGGGCGUUUCGGUCGUACAAACAGCAGAUCAAUUCGAUUAUGGUCCAACGUGAUGAACACAGAAACUCUAAACGAUUUGGUUUUAUCAAUUUUGAUACGGAACAGCAUGCACUGUUGGCAAAGAAGGAAAUGGAGGGUGUGGUUAUUGACUGCAGUAGAGUCAAAUUGAAUUUGAAGUCUUUAUCUCACGUAUCACAUCCGUCGGUUGCGGCAUCAGCCGCCACUGUGGAUCGUGCAGGUCAGCAACGUACUGAGGCAUUAGCUUCCAGCCAUACAUGGCAACCAAAAGGAGUGACCGAAGGAGAGAGGAAGGUGAAGGAGAUCUUUUAUGACGAAGAUUCUUUAGUAGCGUCAUAUAUCUGGAAGAAAAUCCGUCAUGAAUUGUAUUCUUUUGCUAAGAAAGUGAAGGUUACUGUUGAGAAAGAGAAAGCAGAUGACCCUAUUGUAAUGAUUGGAUCGCAGAAUGGGGUAUCUGCAGUUUACCAGUGGCUCCAUUCAAAAGCUCAAGAGUUAAAGCUCAAUUUCUCAACAGAAAAUGUGCGUUUUGAUUCUGUUGAAGCAGUUGCUCUGCAUAGUUUUGCAGUUGGGUCGAGUAUUAGAAGGUUGGAGAUCUCAAACUGUGUCGAAGUAGAAUGGCCAGAAAGAGGUCUAAUUGCUAAACGCGUCAUUACCAACAGUGGUAAAGAAAUGGUUCUACAACUUAGAACCAAGAAUAUGCUAGAAGCUAAAGUAGAUGCUAUCAUUUGUGGCACAAACUCUAGUCUCGACACAACAACAGGCUUGGCGAAGACUUUGUCAAGCGCAGGAGGUCCAUCUAUCCAGAGUCAGCUAAAUGAUUAUGUUGAAUCUCAUGGAACACCAGCCGAAGGUAGUUCGAUAGCAAUCGAGGCUGGAGAGUUGAGAUGCAAGUGGCUCGUGUUUGUUGUCAUUCCUAGUUGCCUUGCAUCAGCUUUCAACUCUGGUGAACGCGAGUCGUUUCGGGCUGCCGUCUCGAGCUCAUUACGAGAAGCAGCGACAUGUCGAGCGACAACCGUAGCUAUACCUGCUCUAAGGGCUGCCUCAUCUCAAUUGCCAAUCAAGGAAUGCGCAGAAAUUACGAUACAAGCAAGUCGACAAUAUCUUGAGUCUUGUUCGGAUUCUAGUGUGAGUAAAAUCGACAUUGUUUUGCCUCCCGAUCCUAAACUGGUCGAAGAAUUUGAAAACGAAUUUAGUUCCGACUUUUUUGCAGUUGGCAAGCUGUCAGAUCUGCAAUCACCGGAAACAUCAUCUUGGUUGUACGAAGAUGACAGUGGCGGCUUUGCCAAUUAUGAUGAAGCAGCUGUCAAAGAACUAGAAGGAAAAUUUCAAGCUAACGUCAAGAAAACGACCAUUCAAAUUAAAGAGUUUACGUACGAGGUAGAUUUUUCUGCCAGGAUACAAACCAACGUUACAACGUCGAAAGUGAGGCGCAUUCAACGAAUUGUUGACAGUUGCGCGUGGUUCUAUAGGGAAAAUGACGGUAGCUACAAACCGUUUGACAAAGUCUCCGCUUUGGCAAUAGAAACGGCACGCGCCAAGGGUCAGAGCACAAUUAACAUAAAGCCAAACGACUAUACUUACACGAUUGAUCUGGAGAAAAGGGAACAAACAAACAAUUCAACGAACGCAAAGCGAUCAAUAAAAAGACAAGGCUCCUAUGCAAACACGAGUUGUAGGUUUCCAAAAUUAGCAAUGUCUUUUGAACAUGAAUGCGUAGAUGUUCGUGGGCAAUCAGCUGAUGUUGAGGUUGCAAUAAAGCAGUUAACUGCUGCUGUUAGAGAGGCAAUAAGAACAAAAGAGGUACCUAUUCCUAACGCUUUAUCAGCUAGCAUUCAAACAAUGAUCAAGCAAUAUGGCGAAGCGUACGGGUUAAGGAUAAAAUUUGUGCCGUCAGCCGACAGUGGACCUUCAGUCGCAAAAGUUGAAGGGUUCAAGCAUCGUGUAGACAAAUUUGUACAAGACUUGCAAGAAAAAAUUAUUCAACUUCAGCAGUCGUCAUUCCCGCUGUCUUCUGAAUGGCAGCCACCUCCUGAAUGGGAGCUACCAGUUGAUUCCAAUCAGCCUACUUUGAAGUUGGUUAAAUCUGCGGGAGACGAAUAUAGAUCGAUUCUAAGCAGAAUGCGUGAAAGCAUGCCCCAGGUUCAAAUUGUCAAACUCGAAAGAAUUCAGAAUGUCUGGUUGUGGCGCAAAUAUGGUCAACACAUGGAACGAAUGAGAGAAAAGAACAACGGCGUUGUCAAUGAGAAAGAUUUGUUUCAUGGGACAAGAUCAACAAAUCCUGAUAAAAUCUACUUGAGUGAAGAAGGAUUCGACAUGAGAUUUAGCUCUUCUGGAAUGUGGGGUCAGGGAUCAUAUUUUGCAGAGAACGCGAGCUAUUCUGACGGUUACAGUUAUGCGGGUGUUUCGGGAAAGCAGAUGUUUCUGGCUAAAGUCCUAACUGGAGAUUCUAUCGAUCUUCCCAGCAAUAGUUCUCUGCGAAUGCCACCAGAGAAAAGAUCCUCCGGCGGUCACACUGUGAGAUACGAUACCGUCACAGGCGUCACCGGUGGUAGCCGUGUCUAUAUUACCUACAAUAACGACAAAGCUUUUCCAUUCUAUCUCAUUACUUAUCAUCAGUAGUCUGCGCUUUUGUUUGAACUAUAGUUUUAAGCAGUGCUCUGGAAUGUUUGCUUGGUUUACUCGAUAUUUUGUUCUUCGAGCUAGGAUUUGUUGCAGUUGGAACGAAAUUUGUUAUUGGUUUAAUUAUGACUGUAAGUUCAUUUCGUGUGUGGUCUUAGAUUCCAAGUUGUUGUCUAAUCUAUAUUACAGAAUUUGUCAAAUUGAGUACUAUCUACGAAAUAGAUCAAG